AUGGAGGAGUCAAGAAUCAUGGAACUAACCUUGUCAUGGCUUGGAAGAAUCCAAUCAUGUACUGCAAGUCCUAGUGAAGCCGAAAGAAGUAAGGAAGAAAAUGAAGUUCAUAAUACUUGUGAGACAUUUUUGGCAUCUGACAUGCCAGAACUGGUUUUAUUUAUUCAAGAGAGUGAUUAUCAGUCGGUCACGGAUAUUUUCAUAGAUAGAGAAGUUCCUUCAUGGAGUGGAUUGAACUAUAAGGAUAUCUCUUCCAAGUUUCGGCAGCAUGUCGACACCAACAGCGAAGGACCUAGAAAAAAUCUCAGUAUAAUGUCCAAUGAGAUUGAACAGGACUUUCAGAAUUACGCAAGGAAACAACAUGCUCUUGAUGACUUAAUGAAGCUGAAGAUUAUUAGGAGUAAUGAUUCAGUUUCAUUGAACCAUUUCAAACCAUCUGCAGCUGAAUCAAUUGGUGACAAUAGCCAUUUAAGAGAGGUCUCUUCGCAUAGUGAAGCUGAGAGUGGAAGCACCCUUCAUUUUUCUGAUUCAUCUUUAACCACCAUGUGUAGCCUUAAGGAAUUUUUAGAAGGUCCAGAGUGUCAACAAACUCAUAAAACUGAAAACUUAUCCAGGACUAAAGAUAGGAUUUCACAAAGCCUAACAGUUUCAAGUCAAAGCUUUAUUAAUCAACUUGGUCAGGGAGAUUGUGGUUCCUUUGCAGUUAAUCCUCUUUCAAGCCCAAUACCAUGUUCUGGUAGCAUUUCUUUGCAGUCAACUAGUAGCACUGCCAGCAAUCAUUCUUUUGCUUUACCCAUAUUGCCAUCAGAAUGGAAUGGCAGCCCAGUAAGAAUGGUGGAAGCUGACCAGCAAGAACCGAGAAAGCACCGAAGAUUCCAAAUAUACAGUUUUUUUUUUCCUUUUGAAGUCUUACAUAUGUGUUCUUUUCCUGAUCCAUAUUCAUACCUUCCAACAUUACCAUUAAGCAAGUUGGGAACUAUGCUGAUUGCAAAACAAUUAGCCAGGACAGAAAUUUGGGUUAGCUCCUUUGAUUUUAGCUUCCAUUUCUCAUCUGCUGUUCCACAGUUGCAAGGUUUUUCGACAAAUUUCACCUGA